GAGAUGUGGUUAAGUUACUUGCAGCCUUGGAGGUAUGCUCCAGAAAAGCCGCCACAGAGUGCAGAGCCCUCGCCUCGCAGCGUGUCGGAGAAAUGGGCUGCCUUCAUUCAAGAUAACCUGCUCAUGUAUACCAAGCUGUUUGUAGGAUUUCUGAACAGAGCUCUUCGAACAGACUUGGUCAGUCCAAAAAACGCUCUCAUGGUGUUCCGAGUAGCCAAGGUCUUUGCUCAGCCCAAUCUCGCUGAAAUGAUCCUGAAAGGAGAACAGUUAUUCCUGGAACCGGAACUUGUUAUGCCCCACCGUCAACACCGACUUUUUAUGACCCCCACGCUUGGUGGGAGCUUCUUAUCAUCGUGGCCUCCAACUAUUACCGAUGCCUCGUUUAAAGUGAAGAGCCACGUUUACAGCCUGGAAGGGCAGGACUUUCAGUAUAAACAGAUGUUUGGCACAGAAGUCAGAAAUUUGGUGUUAAAACUGGCUCAGUUAAUUUGCCAGGCGCAGCAGACAGCAAAAUCCAUAUCGGACCACUCCACAGAGACAACGGCUAGCCAGUCCUUCUUCUCAUGGUUCAGAUUUACACCGUCCGAGAUGAACGGUUCCUACACAGGCAAUGACCUUGAUGAAGUUGGGCAAGACAGCAUCAAAAAAACAGAUGAAUAUUUAGAGAAGGCACUGGAAUACUUGUGCCAAAUCUUUAAGCUGAAUGAAGCCCAGCUGACCCAGAUGAUGAUGAAGUGUGGAACAGCUCAAGACGAGAACAGAAAAAAACAGCUUCCAGACUGCAUUGAAAGUGAGGAUGGGCUCAUUCUUACACCCCUUGGCAGGUACCAGAUCAUGAACGGCUUACGUAGAUUUGAGGUGCAUUACCAAGAUGAUACUGAGCUUCAGCUCAUCCGAAGCUAUGAAAAUGCCACUCUGGUCCGCCUCCUGUUUCGUUUAUCCUCAGCGCUUAACGAAAGGUUCGCCCAUCAGAUGGAUGUGCUUUGCUCCAGGGAAGAUUUCCUUGGCAGACUUUGUCGCUAUCAUCUGACCAACCCCCAACUGAUACGGAGAAUCAGGUACAGUCCCAGGGUGAAAAACAGAACCAGCCACAACUGGGGACCAAGAAUCAGUCUGAGGUUUCUGGCUAGCUACAGGACUCUGUUUUCUUUGCUGAUGAUCUACUUCAUUGCAUCCUGGUUUUACGUUGGGCCAGUGGGCUGCACAUUCAUUAUCCUCAUCGGAUAUUUUCUGUAUGCUGUAAUAAUGACUUUUUUCUUUGAAGGAUGGAAACCACAUGAACACUAA